AUGUCAGAAGGGCGAUCCAAAAUUUGCUCUGUUUGCAAGACAAAUGUUAGCAAAUAUAGAUGCCCUGGAUGUGAAUCUUUGUAUUGCUCUUUAAGCUGCAAUAAAACCCAUAAAGAGCGGACAGAAUGCUCAGGUAAAAGAGACCCCACAAAAUUUAUUCCUAAAAACCAACUAGUGAGUCAUUUAAACUCUGACUAUAACUUCCUUUCUGGGUUGGAAAAGGUUUUAGAAAAGAAGGAGAAGGAUGAAUCCGCCUCCAUUCAUCGCGCAGAUCGAAAUCGGACACAGUUAAAACGAUCGAUUGAAAAGACAGGGAUUAAUGUUCAUCUAGCACCUCCUUCAAUUAAGAAAAGAAAAGACAAUAAAACACACUUCGAUAGAAAGAAAAGACAUGUAGUGUGGACCAUCGAAUGGCAGCUUCAUGAUGUUUCUAUUCAGGGAUCUCCAAUUGCUGUUUGCUUGACUCACCAGAAUAAUGAAAAUGACUCCAUUGAUAAACUAUGGGAAAAUUUUCUUAAAGAAAAUGAAAAUAAGUUACCUAUAGAUCUCUCAAAAUUUCAGCUGGGUAACCAUCCAAAAUGGGUCAUGAAAGCGAGACGAUCAGUUUCUCGCGGUGAUAUUUUCAAAAAGGUGUCACCCUUCGUACCAUUCUCAUCUGUAUUGCAACAGAUAGAAAUUUUCGAAUUUCCAACGGUUCAUAUUCUUCCUGGAGAGAUUCCUGUCUUUACACUUUCUGAUUACGAAACAUCAUCCGAAGAAGAAGAAGAAGAAGAAGAAGAAAGUGAAAGCUCGGAUAGUGAGUCCUCUUGUGAUAGUACUGACAGAGAAAGUGAUACCGAGAGACUAGACUUAGCUUCUUCAAAUGAAGAAUAUUCAGCAGGUCCCAAGGAAACACCAAUUCCCACUUUCGAUGCUACAUCAAAUAAAGAGGAAGAAAAGGAAGUACAAAGUAAUUCACCGGAUGCUUCUUUGGAUGAUGCACUUUUGUUAAAUAAGGAAAAAUCAAAUGCUGUUGGAGACUCAACAACUCUUCCUCCCUUGUUCGGUUCUUUUUUCCAAAAGAAAGAUUGA